UGUUGAUUCAAAACCUUCCCGGCAAUCGCGCUUAGCAGGCGUUCCGAUAUAGAUUCGCAAUCCGCUUGCUAUGAUCUAGCGGCCGUCGAUUCCAAACAACAUCGGCCACCCAACAAAAUGUUCCCCUCGAAGAUCAUCGAAAAGCUGAAGAUCGGGAAGCGAUUCGUGCUGCUGGUCCUGGAGGUGGCACCGGAUCGGGUUGGCGAGCAGCAGCUGUGGGAUUCGGCCGGACCGGAGAACAAAAAUGUUCCGCUGGAUGUUUGGCAGGCGGUUUACCGCAAGUUGGGCGAGCUAUGCCGGAAGCAGUUUGGCGAGGGCGGCGGCUUGCGGCGGGAAUCGGUGCGGGCCAUCGUGGACAAGGAGUACCUGUACCGGGUGGAGGAGCGGCCGUUCUUCGUCGUUCGGUACGAGUUCAAGGACGAGAACUAUCGGGACAAUUUGAACAUAAUCUUCAAUGAGAACGGGAAGAAGCUACAUCCGGGAUGUUUGGUGGUCCGGAUUAAGGACGAGUCGCGGGAAGGGUUCCAGGAGAUGCAAGAGCAGAGACUUAAGAUCGAGAAGAUGCAAAAGGAGAACGAAGCGCUGCUGGCGUUGUCCGCGAGCCAGGAGUACACUCCGGCACCGGUGAAGACGAGCUCGUCGUCGACGUCCCACUCGGAGUACGUCCCGACGGCGCUGAACGGAACAAGUCCGGAGAACAGCGGUCGGUACAAGCCAUCCCGGAUCGAGGACACCGUCAAAUGCGUGCCGGAUCCGUACACGCCGAGCUCGAGCCAGGAGGACUCCAACUCCGUCGCGUACGUUCCGGCAACGAUGAAGACGCCCCGUAAGAAAAAGGACUCGCCGGUUGACGUGAAACCGAUCGUCGUGUCCAGCUCCUCGGAGAGCCGCAAACCUGUCGUGUCCAAACGACGCCGCCAGGCCGAAAUCUUUGGCAACUCGGACGACGAAGAGGAGGAGGAGUCGGAUCUUCCCUCUAGGUUCACCCCCGUGGCCAAGCGAAACUCCCGGGAGGUCGCCAAAUCGAACGGCAACAUGAGCGACGAAAACCUCUUCAGCGAAGAAUCCCCCGCAAAGGAGCUCAUCGGGAGCAGCAGCGACGAAGUUCCCACCAACGGCCGCUCCAUGCGGGACCGCAAACCCAAAAACAACAUCGAUUACAACCUCGACAUCACUUCGCCCGAAUCGAAGGAUAACGCGUCCUCUUCCCAAACUUCCAAAAAGGCCGCCGCCGGCGGCAAGCGACGCCGCAAGGAGACGGCCAAAACCAAGAUGAACGAAAGUCUGGACGGAUGGCUGCAAAAGGACACGAAGAAGCCGACGAUCAAAAAGGAGGCCACCGGCGAAUCGUCCAAACCGGCCAAGGAGAAGAAAGCGGCCAAGAAGGAAGUGCCGGCCAUUCGACAGCCCGUCGAUCGGGAAGCGCUCAAAAAGGAGAACGAAGCCGUGCGACAGCAGAUUGCAGCCCUGGACAAAAUCGAUCUCUUGCUGCCCGAAGAUAAGACCCUGCUGGAUGUUCCGUACCUCACCACCGGCGCGCUCACCGUGGACGAGAUGGUCGCCACGUACGACGAGUACGAGCGCGAACUGCUCGACAUCCACGAGACGUACCGCGACAAGACGGAGCGCCAGUGGCAGAGCGAGGAGAACCUGUGCUACUUUACCGACGUGACGCUGGCCCUGACCGAGGACCAAAAGUGGGCCAUGAUGAAAAAGCUAGAGCGGGAGCUGGUCCCUAAGGAGGACUCCGGCAAAUACACCGAGUUCUUCACCUCCGUCCUCGUCAUGGAGUGGGGCCUCCGGGUCUGGAUGAAGCUGCACCGCUUCACCGACCGGCGGAAGGCCCUGGACCGGAUCAAGCUGCAGGAGGAGGCGAACCCGAUGGAGAUGACGCAGCCGUAGACGACGGAGAGGGGCAUUUUGUUUUGUUUCGUAUUUUCUAGUUUAAAAAAAUAGUUAGUCCAUACAACAAGCCACGUGCGACCUGCGCGAUCUGGGACGGCUGCUUCAAGGCUGAGAUCGUAUUUGAUAUAGUUGUAAUAGUAGAGAAUAAACAGACUGGCGCUCCGAGAAUUGGGAGAAUAAAAUGAGAUAAAUUUCGCUA